CGGCCGCAGCACGCUGCUCGCGCCCUUGCCAUCUUCCACCCCUCCUCCAUGCGCUCGCUAGCCGGCUAGGCGCAGAGGGAGACACGGACGGCUGGACGGACGGCGGAGGAGGACCGCGAUCGAAUCGCGUGGCGGGGCGGUAAGGCGAGGCGAUCCGCGAGGCCCUAGCUUGGGAGGAGGACCGGAGCAGAGCGGAGAGGCAUGGACGCGAACGGGCGCGGGGGCGACGACGACGCGCGGGCGCCGCUCCUGGCGGGGCCCGGGCGGCGGCGCAACUCGGUCGCGUCGAUGCGCGGGGAGUUCGUCUCGCGCCUGCCCAAGAAGGUGCUCGACGCCGUCGACCCCGAGCGCCCGUCGCACGUCGACUUCUCCCGCUCCAAGGGCCUCCCCGAAGCGGAGAGAGAGUACUAUGAAAAACAGUUUGCCACAUUGAGGUCCUUUGAGGAAGUUGACUCACUAGAAGAAUCCAACGAAAUCAAUGAGGAAGAUGAGCUUGCGGAGCAAAACCAGAGUGAAUUUGCCAUGAAGAUAUCAAAUUAUGCAAACAUUGUUCUCUUAGUAUUGAAGGUAUACGCCACAAUUAGAAGUGGAUCAAUUGCUAUAGCUGCCUCAACACUGGAUUCACUGCUUGAUCUCAUGGCUGGUGGUAUCCUUUGGUUCACACAUCUGUCAAUGAAGAGCAUCAAUGUCUACAAGUAUCCCAUUGGCAAACUGAGGGUGCAGCCUGUAGGCAUUAUCAUCUUCGCUGCUGUCAUGGCCACUUUAGGCUUUCAAGUAUUUAUUCAGGCUGUUGAAAAGCUGAUAGUGAAUGAGGCUCCUGAUAAACUGAACCAAAUACAACUCUUGUGGCUAUAUUCAAUCAUGAUCUUUGCAACAGUGGUGAAACUAGCUCUUUGGCUCUAUUGCCGAACAUCUGGUAACAAGAUUGUCCGUGCUUAUGCUAAGGAUCACUAUUUUGAUGUUGUCACAAAUGUCGUCGGUUUGGCUGCUGCUGUCCUUGGCGAUAGAUUCUAUUGGUGGAUUGAUCCAAUUGGUGCAAUUGCCCUUGCAGUCUACACAAUUUCAAACUGGUCUGGAACAGUGUGGGAAAAUGCAGUAUCACUUGUAGGUGAAUCAGCUCCUCCAGAAAUGCUUCAGAAGUUGACAUAUCUAGCUAUCAGACAUCAUCCUCAAAUUAAGCGUGUCGAUACGGUCCGGGCAUACACCUUUGGGGUGCUUUACUUUGUCGAGGUUGACAUCGAGCUCCCCGAGGACUUGCCACUUAAGGAGGCACACGCUAUCGGAGAAUCACUCCAAAUCAAGAUCGAGGAGCUCCCUGAAGUCGAGCGAGCAUUCGUUCACCUGGAUUUCGAGUGCGACCACAAGCCGGAGCACUCGAUUCUGAGCAAGCUGCCCAGCAGCCAACCUUGAUCCGAACGGAUCCCACGUGGUAGACUGUCGUGCAGGAUCUGCUGCAGCGCUUGGUGCCUAGUGCUGUAUGACUAAAACUUAAAGAGUUUAAACCAGUUUUGUGGUCGUGAGGUUUAGAUCAGGCGCGUCUAAGGACCCCUUUGGCACAGCUUCGCCGGAACAGGCUUUGGCUUUGUGCUACAGUAAAUGGUACCGCAGCGUGACUGUUGUGCACUGUUUUUGCAUUGUAGCGAGAAGCCAGAACGCAAAUCGAGAUCCAAAAUGAACGGGAAAGAGGUGAAGCUUAAAAACGUGGCUUCACCAACUUCAGCUUCGUCUCGCCACGGUACUGCUACAGUAGCCGAAGCCGAAUGCACCCAAGCUGCGCCAAAGGGGGCCUAAUACUAAAGUGGGAUGCUGGUUCCCAAGGCAGAGAUUGUUCUGAGCGAGUGUGGAACCCUCUGCUUGCACGGUCGUGUUUUGAUCGAAAUUAGGCAUUUUGCUGUUGACAUGUGAUUGGUUGGGUGCUGCUAUAUUGGUGUCAUGGUGAAUAGGCAAGGAUGGGGAGUAAGAGGCAGAUCCUCUGCUUUAAGCAAA